AUGCGCCUCACACUCUGCGUCCUCCUCGCCCAGGCGGUCAUGGGACUGCCCCGACACAACCCUUUCAUCAACACUAAGCGACAGUACGACCACAACCUUCCCCAAAACACAACCGAUGAGUACGACUUUGUUUGCAUCGGCUCCGGCCCGGGAGGCGGCCAUAUGUGCUCGAACUUGGCCAUCGCCGGGUUCAAGGUGCUGCUUAUCGAGGCCGGCGGCGACGGUGGUCUCGAGUUGAUCCAAUCCGUGCCAGCCAUGAACCUGGCUUCGACGGAAGACUGGAGCUUGGCUUGGGAAUUUUACGUCAACAAAUACGCCGACACAGAGCUUGACAAGCGCGAUUCCAAGAUGACCUACAACACCACCGAGGGCAAAUACUGGACAGCGUAUAAUGCCACAGGCAACCUUGGCACCGCCGCGACGCCCGAUCAGAUCCCCGAGAACGCCGAGCCGCUUGGCAUUCUUUACCCGCGUACCGGGGCUCUUGGCGGGUGCUCUCGUCAUAAUGCCCUGUUCAGCUUGCAGCCCUACGACAUGGACUGGGAUGACAUGGCUGAGCUCACUGGUGAUGAUUCAUACGCGUCGGAUAAUAUGAGACAGUACCUCAACCGGGUUACCAACGUAGCCUACCAGCCACACUCGCUCAAUUCGGGCUCCUCAGGUUGGUAUCCGAUGCGAUACACCUCGCUCAUCACCGCCGCGACUGACAUCAAGAUCGUCUCUGUACUCUUGGCGGCCUGCACGGCUUUUGGCAAGACAAUCAUCGGAGAAGUCGCGGCCACCGCGACUUAUCUCGCCAGUGUGUUGACAUCAGAUAUCAAUGCGCCCGGUCAACUCAUGGUUCCUGAAGUAUAUCAGGUCCCGCUGGUGAUGCGCUCAGAUUCGAGACGCGGUGGAGUCUACGAUUUGAUUGUUGGCACCGCUCUUGCGACCAACUCCGACGGCAGCCGGAAGUAUCAUCUUGACAUCAUGCUUGAAACGCUCGCCACGAAAGUCACCUUCGAUAAAUCUGGCGAGAAGCCUCGCGCAAAUGGUGUCGACUAUAUGUCUGGCGCAGCGCUCUACCGUGCCGACCCGCGCUCCAGGACCGCACAGCCAUCAGGUACCGGCCACGUCACAGCAACUAAGGAAGUCAUCGUCGCAGGCGGCGCCUACAACACGCCCCAGAUUCUCAAGUUGUCAGGCGUCGGACCUCGCGAAGAACUCGAGUCUCUUGGCAUCGAUGUCGUUUUGAACCUCCCAGGAGUUGGCACCAACCUCCAAGAUCGCUACGAGCAGACCAUGGUCUCCAAGACCCCAACCUCAUUCGCACUCACCGAGAAGUGCACAUGGCAUCCGGACCCGGAACUCGAUCCUUGUAUGAAAACCUUUGUCGACGGCACUACGCAAACUACUCGCGGCGCGUAUGCCUCCAACGGUAUCGCCAUCGCCAUGAUCCGCAACUCGACAACCACGGAGCGCGGCGAGCCCGACGUCAUCAUCCUUGGUGGACCAGCCAACUUCACCGGCUACUACCCAGGCUGGUCGCAGGGCGCCAUCGCCGACUCGAACCACUGGGCUUGGAUCAUCCUCAAAGCGCACCAGCGCAACAACGCCGGCACUGUUACCCUCCGCUCAACGGACCCACGCGACACGCCUAUGAUCAACUUCAAGAGGUUCAACAACGACAAAGACGCGGCCAAGGAUCUGACGGCCAUCCGUGAGGGAUAUGAGUACGCUCGCCGUGUCAUGGAGAACGUGCUGCCGAUUGGCGGUGUGCUCUCUGGCAGCAACGGCUCACUCGCCUCUGGGCUUGGAGAGAUUUUCGAUGGAGUCUUUGAAGAGGUGUGGCCCGGCGCUGAUGUCACGGGCGAUGCGCUUGACCAGUUCAUUCGCGACGAGAACUGGGGCCAUCACGCCGCGUGCUCGGCUCCCAUCGGCCGCGACGACGACCCGAUGGCUGUCUUGGACGGCGAGUUGCGAGUGAGGGGCAUCGAUGGCUUACGUGUCUCGGACUUGAGCGCUUGCAACAGACUGCCUGGGUUCUUCCCCAUCAUGUGGAUUCACCAGCUGGUUGAGAAGGUCGCCGAUACCAUCGUUGCCGAGUACGCGUCGUAG